CAUGGCAUAAACAGUACACAGAACAUUACUAACAAUGCACAGACACCAGAAGAGAAACCAGAUACCUGGGAGCUCCUAAAAAUCAAACAUUCAUGUUCAUCCAAAGACUUCACCUACACACUAGGAAAGAGUUUUUGGCUACAGCAAAUCCGAUCAGCGGCUGAUCUCUAAAACCUACAUGAGACUGCCAAAUCUCAACAACAAAAAGGCAACCCAGUUAAAAAAUGGGCAAAGGAUAUGAGCAGGCACUUCACCAGAGAAGACAUUCAGGCUGCUAACAGAUACAAGAGGAAAUGCUCACGAUCAUUAGACAUUAGAGAAAUGCAAAUCAAAACCACAAUGAGAUACCAUCUCACCCCAACAAGGCUGGCAUCAAUCCAAAAAACACAAAAUAAUAAAUGUUGCAGAGGUUGUGGAGAGACUGAACACUUAUACACUGCUGGUGGGAAUGUAAAAUGGUACAAACACUUUGGAAAUCGAUUUGGCGCUUCCUUAAAAAGCUAGAAAUAGAAUUACCAUAUGAUCCUGCAAUCCCACUUCUUGGAAUAUAUCCUAGAGAAAUAAGAGCCUUUACACGAACAGAUAUAUGCACACCCAUGUUUAUUGCAGCACUGUUUACAAUAGCAAAAAGAUGGAAGCAACCAAGGUGCCCAUCAACAGAUGAAUGGAUAAAUUAUGGUAUAUUCACAUAAUGGAAUACUACAAAACAAGAAUAAUGAUGAAUCUGUGAAACAUAACAUGGAAGAAUCUGGAAGGCAUUAUGCUGAGUGAAAUUAGUUGCAAAAGGACAAAUAUUGUAUGAGACCACUAUUAUAAAACUCAAGAAAAGGUUUAAACAGAGAAGAAAAUAUUAUUUGAUAGUUACGAGGGUGGGGAGGGAGAGAGGGGGUAUUCACUAGAUAGUAGACAAGAACUAUUUUGGGUGAAAGGAACGACAACACACAAUACAGGAGAGGUCAGCACAACUGGACUAAACCAAAAGCAAAGAAGUUUCCUAAAUAUAACCAAAUGCUUCGAAGGCCAGAGUAGCAGGGACAGAGAUCUGGGGACCAUGGUUUCAGGGGACAUCUAGGUCAAUUGGCAUAACAAAAUGUAUUAAGAAAAUGUUCUGCAUCCCACUUUGGUGAGUGGCGUCUGGGGUCUUAAACACUAGCAAAUGACCAUCUAAGAUACAUCAAUUGGUCUCAACCCACCUGAAGCAAAGAAGAAUGAAGAACUCCAAAGACACAAGGUAAAUACGAGCCCAAGAGACAGAAAGGGCUACAUAAACCAGAGACUACAUCAGCCUGAGACCAGGAGAACUAGACGGUGCCCUGACAGGGAACACAACAGAGAAUCCCUGGUGGAGCAGGAGAGCAGUGGGAUGCAGACCUCAAAUUCUCAUAAAAAGACCAGACUUAAUGGUCUGACUGAGACUAGAAGGACCCUGGAGGUCAUGGUCCCCAGGCCUUCUGUUAGCCCAAGACUGGAACCAUUCCCAAAGCCAACUCUUCAGACAGGGAUUGGACUGGACUAUAAGACAGAAAAUGAUACUGGUGAGGAGUGAGCUUCUUGGCUCAAGUGGACACAUGAGACUAUGUGGGCAGCUCCUGUCUGGAGGGGAGAUGAGAAGGCAGAGGGGGUCAGGAGCUGGUUGAAUGGACACAGGGAAUACAGGGUGGAGAGGAGGAGUGUGCUGUCUCAUUAGGGGGAGAGCAUCUAGGGAUACAUAGCAAGGCAUGUGUAAGUUUUUGUAUGAGAGACUGACUUGAUUUGUAAACUUUCAUUUAAAAAGCACAAUAAAAAAAAAAGCUGGAAAUCAGGCAAUUAAUAAAGGUAUUGUUCUUAUUAGUCCUAGUGAGAAGAGAAGGAGGAAUUGAGGAUAUAGGUGUGUCCAACUUUAAUUAUAAAUCUGUAGCUUGAUUACAAGGGCUGUCACGCACUGAGGCAAGGGUUUCCCAUGGAGCAGUUUCAUCUUUUGAAUAAAACUUUGGUUGUAGAGUCACUUGUAGGGACCAGUGAGGUGGCAAAUUCAACAGCAAUUCAGAGAAAUGAGGUGAAGCAAAGAGGACAGAAAAAAGAGUGAUCCAAGAGCCAUUUUUGAAAUGCCGUCAACAGGGGAAGUGGUUCAACAUGUGAACUUUUGGCAUUUUCUAUUCAACCUCCAAUACCCUGUAUUUCAGAUAAUCCCCCAAAUCUCCAUUCCUAACUGUUUGUGCAAUGACUUCUGGCUGAGACAUGGAAUGAAUGAGAAGUUGAGGGCAGUGGUGGUUCAGCGGUAGAAUUCUCCCCUUUCAUGUGGGAGGUCCUGUUUCCAUUCCCAGCUCAUGCAUGUCAAAGGCGGCCACCAUCUUGUCAUUCAUAUAGCGUAAUUGUGGCCCACCAGGAAUCCAGACACUUUUAGUGCCUUUCUGGUCUUCCAGGCCAUCCAAGACUUGAGACUUUAGUUGCCAUUGAGUGGAUAUUUGACUCAUAAAGGCCCCAUGUGACAGAAUAGAGCUAGCUGCCCCUGGUAGUCACUUCUGAAAAAAUUGACCAGUGAAAACCUUAUGAAUAGCAGCAGAACAUUGUCUCGUAUAGUGCUGGAAGAUGAGCCCCUCAGGUUGGAAGGCACUCGAAAUAUGACUGUGGAAGAGAUGCCUCCUCAAAGUAGAGUCGACCUUAAUGACGUUGAUGGCGUUAAGCUUUCGGGAACCUUCAUUUGCUGAUAUGGCACGACUCAAAAUGAACAGAAACAGCUGCAAACAUCCAUUAAUAAUCAGAACAUAGGAUGUACAAAGUAUGAAUCCAGGAAAAUUGGAAGUUGUCAAAAAUGAACUAGAACACAUAAAAAUCGAUAUCCUAGGCAUUAGUGAGCUGAAAUGAAUUGGUAUUAGCCAUUUGACUUGGACAAUCAUAUGAUCCACUAUGCUAGGAAUGACGAAUUGAAGAGGAAUGGCAUCACAGUAAUCCUGAGAAAGAACAUGUCAAGAUCUAUUCCAAAGUACUUAUCCUUAAGCCUCAAAGGAAGACCAGUUAAUAUCACUGUUUUCAAAUUUACGUACCAACCACUAAUCCCGAUAAAGAAAUUGAAGAUUUUUACCCGCUUCUGCAGUCUGGAAUUUUGGGUAGCAUCUGACCCAUUAAGCCCUUAACCACUGUACCACAAAAAGAAAAAAAAAGAAGGAAGGGGUGGGGGGAACCUCUGCCUUCUGUACGGCUGAUUUUCAAAUAUGGCCGCCUCCAGUAACACACAUCUAGAUGGGCGCAGACAUAUCACCGCUGAAGGCCGUGCUGGAAAUGACCUUGCCGGUGCUCUUUCCAGAAACUCUGGUAGCGUAGUUGUUAAGUGCUAAGGCCGCUAGCCAAAGGGUUGGUAGUUCCAAUCCGCCAGGCCCUCCUUGUAUACUCUAUGGGGCAGUUCUACUCUGCCCUAUAGGGUCGGUAGGAGUCGGAAUCGACUGGACGGCACUGGGUUUGGUUUUGGGGCUCUUUCUAAAGUCCCAGACGCUCGCCGGCCUCCGUAGGAGUACAGGGAUUCUGCGCCGGGGGAGCGGAAAAGUCGAGGCGCUUCACGGAAGUAAAUGCAACUUUUUCGAACGCCUUGUGAUUUAGGAGAGAAAACAGUACUUGGCUGACUACUGACAGAGGGACUAAUCCACCACGCUGCCCAUCGGUCUAGGGUUGCCUUUCGCGCUGCAAAAGUAGAAGUGAGUCGUUGUGUGGGAGACCUUAUGAACUGCAGAGCUUCACGUACGUGCCCGCUUUUUGCUGUGCUGACCGAGAAUCGCUAUUUUGUUGAUUAUUUAUCCUCUGGCAAGGUGUGCCGUGUUCCAGUUUAUUAGUAAGUCCUUAUGGGUCCGGUUCCAGUUCCGAUUGGUAGUGUUAAGAAUAGCAUGGAGUUGAGCAGUUCUACCCAAGUAUGUACGUAAAAGCAUUCAACUACUAGCCGGUAGGUUGGAGGUUCGGACCUACCCAGAGGAGCCUCAUGUUUCAGGCUGCUGGUCUGUUCUGAAAGGUCACAACAUUGAAAACACUAUGGAGCGGUUCUGUUCUGCACACAUGGGGUCACCAUGAGUCAGAAUCAGCUCCACCUAACAACAACAAAAACAACAGGUGUGUAGAAAAUCUGCUCCUUGCUUCCUGGGGGACUCUUUUGUCUGAAAUAGGCGAUUCCUUCAAUCCCCUUUUCCAUAUAGAUGAAAAUAACCUAAUUUUUUGUCUGUCAUUGUAAUGUUUCUGUUUGAGCUGUAUCAUGAUGCACUGGCUCUGUUCUUCAAUACAAAAUAGAUAAGUAGGUUGGUAGUUUCUCGUACAUCUUUGUUUUGUUGCCUGUUCAUAAAAUUCAUUUGCUGUAUUGUCUUUCCAGGAAGUGGAAUCAUAAAAUCAUCAAUUCAUCCAGGACUUCAAAUUUAAUAACAUAACGAGAUGGUGCAUAAGAGUUGUCUAAAGUGGUUCUUUCACUUUACAGUUCCUCCAGGAGAAUAGUCUUCACAGUGAUUUAUGUGCUUACAGGUCCUGACUCCCCAGCAGCAAGAGGAUCACUUGAAGGAAGGAGGAAGAGGCUGCAUGAUUUUCAUAUUGUCGUUUCUGGGAACAACCUUCACAGGAAACUGAGAUUUUUGAGUAGAUAUUUAGAGCUGAUCCAGAAAAGACUAAGACAGAGCAUCCCAGUUGCUGGCCGGCCGUGUCUCAAGAACAAAAGAAAAUGAUCGAGGCCCAGGAAUCACUGGCAUUCGAGGAUGUGGCUGUGAAGUUCACCUGGGAGGAGUGGCAACUUCUAGACCCUGCUCAGAAGAACCUAUACUGGGACGUGAUGUUGGAGAACUUCAGCAACCUGGUGUCCAUGGGGUAUCAAGUUACCACACCAGAUGCACUCUCCAGGUUGGAAAGAGAAGAACUGCCAUGGAAUAUAUUAGAUGAAAUUAAUAGUCAAAACAUUUCAGAAAUCCGGAAAGUUGUUGAUCAUCUGCCUGAGCACCUACGAAAUGAAAGCAGGGUGAAUAGAUUGGAACGAUGCCAGGAACAUAAUACAUGGGAAAAUAUUUUUCAUCAGCGUAGAAGUCAUUUUUCUUUAAGGCAAAAUCAUAAUAUAUUUGACUUAGAUGAAGAAUCUUUGAAAUCAAAUUUAACUUUAAUUGACCAAAGCAGAAGCUAUGAAGUAAAGAACUCUGCUGAGUUUAAUAGAGAUGAAAAAACCUUUCUCCAUGCCAGCCAUGAGCAAUUUCAUACUGAAAUAAAAUUCCCUCAGAGUCAAAAAUCCAACAGCACUAAGUCUAAAAUCAUUAAGCAUCAGAACACUCACAAAAUAGAGAAACCACAUGUAUGUAGUGAAUGUGGGAAAGCCUUCAUCAGGAAAUCUUGGCUCAUUAGUCAUCAGAUCAUUCAUUCAGGAGAGAGACCCCAUAGGGGUUAUUCAUGUGGGGAAGCCUUCUCCAGAAAGUUUAAGCUUACUGAACAUCAUCAGAGAAAACAUGGAGGAGAAGAAUUUUUGGAAUGCAUGGGACGUGGUAAAGCUUUUCUCAAGAAAUCACAGCUGAAUACACAUCGGAAGAUUCAUACAGAUGAAAAAUGGUAUAAAUGCAGUGAGUGUGGAAAAGGCUUUACCUGGAAGAGAAAUCUCAUUAGUCAUCAGCGAAUUCAUACUGAAGAGAAGCCCUACAUGUGCAGUGAAUGUGGAAAAGGCUUUAUUCGUAAAGGGAAUCUCAUUAUUCAUCAGCGAAUUCAUACUGGAGAGAAACCCUACGUAUGUGGUCAAUGUGGAAAAGGCUUCAUGUGGAAAGGAAACCUCGUUCUUCAUCAGCGAAUUCAUACUGGAGAGAAAUCUUACAUAUGCAUUGAAUGUGGAAAAGGCUUCAUAAAGAAGGGAGAUUUCAUUAUUCAUCAGAGAACUCAUACUGGAGAGAAACCCUAUGCGUGCAGUGAAUGUGGAAAAGGCUUCAGCCAGAAGGGAAAUCUCAUUAUUCAUCAGCGAAUUCAUAGUGGAGAGAAACCCUACAUAUGCGCUGAAUGUGGAAAAGGCUUCAUACAGAAGAGAGAUUUCAUUAUUCAUCAGCGAAUUCAUACUGGAGAGAAACCCUAUGCAUGUGGUGAAUGUGGAAAAGACUUCAUCCGGAAGCAAUAUCUCAUCAUCCAUCAGCGAAUUCAUAGUGGAGAAAAACCCUAUGUAUGCACUGAUUGUGGAAAACGCUUCAUACAGAAAAGAGAUUUCGUUAUUCAUCAGCGAACUCAUACUGGAGAGAAACCCUACGUAUGCGGUCAAUGUGGAAAAGGCUUUAUCCGUAAGGGGCAUCUCAUUAUUCAUCAGCGAAUCCAUAGUGGAGAGAAACCCUACAUAUGCACCAAAUGUGGAAAGGGCUUCAUCCAGAAGCGAAAGCUCAUUGUUCAUCAGCGAAGUCAUAGUGGAGAGAAACCCUACAUAUGCACUGAAUGUGGGAAAGGCUUCAUACAGAAGAGAGAUUACGAUAUUCAUCAGCGAAUUCAUACUGGGGAGAAACUCUAUAUAUGUAGGGAAUGUGGAAAAGCCUUCACCCGGAAGGGAAAUCUCACUAUUCAUCAGCGAAUUCAUACUGGAGAGAAGCCCUAUAUAUGCAGUGAAUGUGGAAAAGGCUUCAUCCAAAAGGGAAAUCUUAUUAUUCAUCAGCGAAUUCAUAGUGGAGAGAAACCCUACAUAUGCACUGAAUGUGGAAAAGGCUUCAACCAGAAAGGAAGCCUCAUUACUCAUCAGCGAAUUCAUACUGGAGAGAAACCCUAUGUAUGUGGCAAAUGUGGUAAAGGCUUCAGAAAAAAGUCACACCUCAUAACACAUCAGAGAUUUCACACAGAAAGAGUCACCUUGCAUGCAGUAUAUGUGGACAGUCUUAUUCUCAGGAGUCAAGUUUCAUCGAACAUCAAAAAAUUCACACAGUAGAAAAACCCUUCCAAUGCAGUGAAUGUGGGAAAGCCUUUCCCAUGAAGCAAACACUCACUGUACAUCAAAGAUCUCAUACAGGAGAGAGACCGUAUGACUGCAGUGAGUGUGGAAAAACAU